AUGAAUUUGGCACUGGCUGAUCCUUUUGCUAUCGCGCAAGAUUACCCAGAGACCACUACUGGCCACCUCUUCAACGGGCACGCUUGCGCUCUGCGCUUCAAUCGAAAAGGAGACUUUCUGGCCGCUGGACGCAUUGAUGGCGUUGUGGUUAUUUUCGAUGUCGAGACUCAGUCUGUGGCAACGAAGCUGAAAGGCCAUAUCAGACAGAUCCAAUCUUUGAGCUGGUCGCACUGCGGACGAUAUCUUUUGACCUCUGCGCAAGACUGGAAGUGUAUCAUAUGGGACCUCAAGGAUGAUACCAUGUUGCGCAUGGUCAAGUUCGAAGCAGCGGUUUACAUGGCAGAACUUCAUCCUGCCAACCAUCUUAAGUUUGUUGUCUCCCUGUACGAAGACCAGCCUCUCCUCGUGGAUGCGACGGAGAAUAUAACUCGAAAAAACAACUUUUCCUCGAUACCAAAUCGUGAUGCGGACGUAGAAAUUUCAGAAAAGCAAGCUGCAGGCGACGCGAAAACGGCUACCACUUGUGCUCUUUUCGCGGCGUCUGGGGAUCAUAUCAUUGCUGGCACAAAUAAGGGAUUUCUCAACAUUAUUGAGGUCGAGACUCUGAAAACAAUUUUUUCUACCAAGAUUUGCACAGGCGUUGUCAUCUUUCUUCGUCUUACAAAUUCUGGACGAGACAUGGUGAUUAACGCGUCAGACAGAAUCAUUCGUACAACACAACUGCCGAAUUUGACAGCAGAUCCGGAUACAAUCACCAUCGAAGUCGAGCACAAGUUACAGGAUAUGGUGAACAAGGUGUCAUGGAAUCAUGUCGCUUUCAGCUCGACUGGAGAAUAUGUAACAGCAUCGACAUACAACAACCACGAUAUCUACAUUUGGGAACGGAAUGUUGGUAGUCUGGUCAGGAUCUUGGAGCCCACGAAAGAGGAACAUGGAGUAGUCGAGUGGCAUCCCCACCGUCCAAUGAUUGUGGCCUGCGGGCUUGAGUCGGGGAAAAUCGAUAUCUGGUCAAUCAUACCCCAACAAAGGUGGUCCGCCCUAGCCCCGGAUUUCGUGGAGGUUGAAGAGAACGUCGAGUACGUUGAGCAUGAAGACGAAUUCGAUAUCCACCCCCAAGAAGAGAUACAAAAGAGGCGACUGGACCUGGAGGACGAUGUUGUGGAUGUUUUGACCAGCAAAGCUCUUCAAGAUACCAACGGGGAGGAAAUCUUCCGAAUGCCGGUAAACUAUGGCUUACAAGAUAGCGAGGGUGAAGAGGAGUUCGUAACAGUCGGGCGUGGGGAGAUGAGACGAAAGAGUCCUACCGAGGCCAGGGAAUACCUGCUCAACUCGGAGGUUGUUGGAAGCACCGACGAGAAUCAGAAAAGGACGGUCAAGAAGACUAAAAAGCGGUAG